AUGCAGAUUGCAGAUUACACGCCCGCGCACAGCCUCACCCUCAUACGAAGACGCCUAACGCCUUCCGACCUGCCCAACAACACCCGCCUGGAUAUGCACGAGCGAUUGCCUCGACGAGCCCGCGACUGCGACUGCGACUUGUAUAGGCUCGAUAGCCAUGUGUCCGCAACAUGAUGCGCCCAAAGCCGUUCCGCUUACCCAUUCCGACACUACCCACCACCACCAUCACCAUGCUCUUGCCACUUCUGUGAAUCCCACCUCAAAGGACCCCAAAUUGGACGCGGGGAAUAGGGACUUUGACCACUACGCCAGCAACCUGCCCAAAUGGCGGAAUGCCCUGCGCAAUCGCCUCAUCCCCAUUGUGCGCUGGGAGACGCCAUGGCUUGCCUUACUACAAGACACCCUGCGCUCGCCCGCACUCGACUCGUACUUUGCCUAUACGGCGAACCUAGGCACCCACACCUUCUUCAUGGUCUUCUUGCCCAUCCAGUUCUGGUGUGGCUACACUAGCAUUGGCCGAGCGACUGUCUUCAUGCUCGCUGCAGGCGUCUACGUGACCGGUUUCCUCAAAGACAUGCUCUGCUUACCCAGGCCACUAUCGCCGCCUCUGGCCCGCAUCUCAAUGUCGGGCUCCGCCGCCCUUGAAUACGGCUUCCCCUCGUCUCACUCCGCCAACGCAGUAUCAGUCGCAUUCUAUGCCAUCUACACCUUGCGCCAGUCGGCCGAGCAGGACAAUUCAAACUGGAACAUGGGUUUACAGGCCCUCUUCUACUUUUACGCCCUUUCCAUCAUCGCCGGUCGCCUAUAUUGCGGCAUGCACGGUUUCUUAGAUGUAAUUGUAGGCAGUAUAAUGGGUGCCCUCAUCACCGCAAUCCAACUCGUGUACGGUGACUGGCUGGACUCGUUCGUCUUCAGCGGCUCCUAUAUCGAUAUCCUCAUCGUAACUCUGGCCGUCUGUGUCCUGGUCCGCAUUCACCCCGAACCAGCCGACGAUUGUCCAUGCUACGACGACAGUGUGUCGUUCGCUGGCGUUGUCAUAGGCAUCAACAUUGGGGCAUGGCACUACGCGCAGACUGGCUUUGCCUUGAAGGACGCGUAUCCCUCUUCCGUGCCUUUUGAUCUACAAGAGAUGGGACUUGUCAAAGCGACCAUCCGUAUUCUCCUGGGCGUAGUCGUCAUCUUUGUCUGGAGGGCCACCAUGAAGCCCGCACUAUUCACAAUUCUGCCCCCCAUUUUCCGCAUCCUCGAACAGGCUCGCUGGAACAUGCCACGCGCCUUCUUCCUAAAUGCCUCCAAAUACAAGUCCAUUAAACCCUUUACCGACGACGACAACCUAAUUCCACCUGCGUCAGAGCUACCACACAUGCUCAAGAACCUCGCCCACCCGCGUAAACGUUCCGUCUCCGUGGGUCCACAAUCCGCCGCGGACGCAUACGAGACACUAGCGUACCGCAACCGCCGGCGUCGCGAAAGCGUAAACUCGCUAGACGGCGCCGUUCCCGAAGACUCGGCUUGGACGCCUUCAGUCGUCAACACGCCCACGAUAGAAAAGGGUGACCCGCUCCUUGGUGCCGGCCUACUUCCUACACCAAUGGCUUCGCGCGUACACUCGUAUGAGCAGAUGAUGGGAACGGGCAAGAUGGGUUUUGACAAAAAGAACUCCACUACUACACCGCCGGAUAGUGACACGGACGUUGCAGGCGACGAGUAUAAUCAGAAGCGUAAACAGGAACAACAGAAUUCCUCGGAGGAAGAGAACGAGAAGCGCGAGAUCUUUAUGAAGCUUACGAAGCCACGCGUACGGUACGAUGUUGAAGUUGUUACAAAGUUGAUUGUAUACACUGGCAUCGCAUAUAUAGCCGUUGCCGGCAACCCAAUUUUAUUCGAAUUCUUGGGCUUGGGUAUGAACGUUGUAUCCUAGCCUUUUUCUUUUCUUUUCUUGUUCCUUUCUUGGUGUAAUGAAUUGAUUGACGAUUUUCCCUUCUUGUUGCUAUCACUGUUGUUAUUGCUGUCGUCGUUUUCUUGGUUUUUGUCCUCUUUGGAGUGAGAGCAACGACCAUAUACCAUUUAUGCAUCUUAUCUUUUUUUCAUCUGGGAAACAAAUAUCUUGCAUGUUAUUUUACGUUACAUUGUAUACGUGCACUCUUGAUGGGCGCUAUAAUUAACGACAUAUCUACUAGUUAUCUUAUGUGAAC